AUGUCAGAUCCAAUAACUAUUGAUAACCGACUAACCAACUAUAGUCCGACAUCAAAUACAUCUGGUACUACAGAUAGCGACUUUCUUCCUACCAGUCUUGCUUCAGAAGAAUUAAAAUUGGCUUUAAAUAAAGAAGCGUCUGAAGAGGAACUAUUAAAAGCUAUCAGUCGUUGCAAAUCUCUGAUUUUAGAGAGUGAUCAAUGUUCUAGUGAACGAAAGUGGGUUGUUAGGCAUUUAAUAGAAUUGAGACUUCGUCUUGAAGAAUGCAGGGAUGCCAUGAAUGACCCACUACAUCCAAGAAAUCAAUCCAACAGGGUUUGUAAAAGGGUUAUUAAGGGACAUCAUUUAAAUUUGCAACCUCUACUGCGUCAUACUGUUUCCAAAUAUUGUGAUCAUUGUACUGGAACAAUAUGGAGCAUGGUGCAGGCUUGGUACGAAUGUGAGGAUUGUGAAUAUGCUUGCCAUCAUAAAUGUCUAGCUUCCAUUGUUAGAGAUUGUGCUCAUGUAGUAGCCAGUGAAAGGGGAUCAUUUGAAUAUGAAAUAUGUCCAGAACUUGGUUUGUCUUCACAACAAUAUCUGUGUGCUGAAUGCAAAUCACCUCUUCCUAUAACUGCUUCCCCAGGAAUAAGUUGCCUUAGUAGAUUAAUAUUUCCAGAUAAAGUUUGGCCAGAAGCCCGCAGAUGUGACUACACAGGCCUCUACUAUUGCACCGCCUGUCAUUGGGGUAGCUCAGCUGUCAUCCCAGCUAGAGUCGUCCACAAUUGGGAUCUCGAACCGCAACCAGUAUCCCAAGCGGCUUUACAGCUGCUUAAGAUAACCUCAAGACGACCGAUUAUAAACAUAAACAAAUUGAACCCCAAACUAUAUUCUCUGGUAAGCAAACUAGACUUCGUCAGAAGAUUGAGGGAGGAAUUGAUCGGAAUGAAGAAGUAUCUAACGGUGUGUAGAAAAGCCAACGAGGAGCACAUACUAUGGAAACACGUGGAUAAUCCUCAUCUAUUGGAUAAUACAGAUAUGUACAGUUUGCAGGAUUUGGUCGACGUACAUUCCGGGGAUUUACCCUUCAAACUGCAAACGCUGUUGGACGUUUUCUCCAACCACAUCAAGAUUGAUUGUGAUAUUUGUAAAGGUCGUGGUCACAUUUGCGAGAUUUGUUCCAACGACGAGGUGGUGUAUCCGUUCGAUACUACGUCUUAUGUAUGCCAAAUAUGCUAUUGCGUGCUGCACAGGUAUUGUUUCAGUAAGACGACUGACUGUCCCAAAUGUAUGAGAUUGAAGAGACGAGAAGAGGAAGUAGCUGAGAAUAAUAUCGAGUAG